CAGCAUCACAGGUGGAUCCUAAGCAGUGCAAGUGUUUUCACAUGUGAAACUAUAUAGACAAAUGAAUCUGUCAGAAAUCUACGAGUAGAUGCGAUUUUAACUGCAAUCAUAUCUUGAACACUCUCUCCAUUUACAUCGCACCUUUUAAUGGCUACGCCAGCAGAAGGACGGUUUUGUCGUGACGACACUCAAUGUUCCUCGGAACAGUAUUGUUAUAAUGUAUCCGAACGAUGCGUCGAUUAUACUCAAUGCAGCAGGUAUAAUCGACAAGAAAAUAAAAGACGAUCUCGACAUCCCUCUCACUGUGGACAAUGUCUGCCUGGUUAUACCGCGGAAGAACUUGGUACAGGAGAAAUGGCAUUGCUAUGCAGGAAAACAGACACACGUGAAAAUAUUUUUGAAUCCGGUGGAUUGAUCACUUUAGUAAUCAGCUGCGCAAUAAUUGGAGUAAUUUUUUGUGCAAUUUUAGUAAUCGUUUUAUUCGUAAGGAGACGAGGAUCGAGACGGCUGAACAAUAAUAAUAUAGAAGAGUCUAGUGAUCUUUGCGCAGUUGAGCCAAGUGCUCCACCAAUGGAAAGACCGUUUAUCGAUUGCGGAGAUGGCGCACAGUUUAAUAACAAUAAAAACGUAAAGGAUAAGAACAAACUAGUGCGCGCUGCUAUGUUUAAUGGACCUGAUUGGGUUUGUACUAACCCGAACUAUGAAAACAAUUUAAAUAACGAUAAUGCAAAUGCAUUGGACCAAUCCAAUUCUAGCAGGGAUCUACCAUCGACCGAUAAUAAUACCAAUACCUGGGCUCUGCAACAAUUACCGUUCACGGUAGUAAAUAAUAACAGAUUAGAAUUUGAAGUAGAACGAAUGAGUAACAGCGCAAAUGUCGUUCGGGCGAAUAGCCCCUCUUCGUCUAAUGCAACCGAAGAAGAUAGCAACAAUAACAGUAAUGAUUCAACAUCUGAUUCGAAUAACGCUCAAGAUGGUAGAGAACGUAAUCGAAGCUCAAAUAUAUUAAUUGCCCCGACAAUAUCGAUGAACGUACAUGUUCUCAAUACUGAUUGUUGAUUUUAAAGAAUAUAAAUAUUAUAAAAUGAAAUCACGCAAGUGCCGAAAUUUGGAGGAAUAAUCGCUGAAUUUAU